UUGUUGGUUUGUCGCACCGUGGCUACUCUUGUUGGCGACUUUUUGGAAUUUUUAGGCUACUUUUUCUCCCAAAGACCUGGCAACCCUGGGUAAAACUGCGUGGUUGCUGCUGGAUGGCAGUCUCCGCGCUUCGUGCUUUCCUCGGCGCCUUCGCGUUAUUCCUGUGGCGUCGGCUAGCCUUCUUGUCUUUCCUUCAGAGGAAGCCACUGUCUACCACCCAAAUGAACGAGAUCACGAUCAAUGUGCGCUUCUCGGCAGACCUUGUGAUACCGCUGAACCUUGCGCAGGACGCGACCGUGAAAAACUUGAAAGAGAGACUCGCAGAACGGCUUUCGUUGCCUGUCGAAGAGAUUCGUAUGAUCUUCGCUGGCAAAGAACUGCUGGAUCAAGUCUUAAUUAAGGACUACAAUGUGGAGGAGCAGACAACGGUGCAUGCGGUGCGCUCGGCCGAUAACGAGGCAUCCAUGAGUGCAAAGGUAUGCUGUCCCCUGGGUGAAGGAAUCAUCGCCUCACAGCUCACUGAAGAGGAGCAUCUGGCACGCAAAACAGAGGCAGACAAGGCUCUGUUUUUUGUCUACUGUAAGCAACCAUGUGACCGUGUGCUGCCAGGCAAGCUCAGGGUCUGCUGUGCCACCUGUGGUGAAGGUUCCUUCAUUCUUCAAAAGGACCCAUCCUGCUGGCAGGAUGUACUCGAACCGGGCAGGCUGUCGGGGCAGUGCCAGAUCUGUCACGAGGUGCGGGCUGCGCGCUUCUUCUUCAAGUGCACAGGCAUGGUGGGCUCACCUGACGAUCACGUGCCCAUCGUACUGCAGCUGAUACGCUACAACUACCUUCAGGUGCCUUGUCUGGCCUGCUUGGACAUCAGCCGGCUUGUGUUGGUGUUCAAGUGUGCACACGUCAUCUGCCUGGACUGUUUUCGGGCCUAUUGCCAGAGCCGACUUGACGAGCGUGGCUUUGUCCAGCACCCAAACUUGGGCUGGACGCUUCCCUGCCCUGUGGGCUGUGCACACUCGUUGAUCGAGGAGAGUCAUCACUUCUGCCUGCUUGGAAGUGAACAGUACCAGCGGUACCAGCGCUUUGCUGCUGAAGAGUGGGUCCUUCAGGCGGGAGGGUUGCUGUGUCCCCGGCCUGGUUGUGGACAGGGACUGCUGCCUGAACCGGGCUGUGAUCGAAUCAAAUGUGACCGUGGAUGUGGGUUUGUGUUUUGCCGGCAGUGCCUCCAGGGACAUCACUUAGGGCCCUGCAGCAGCAGCAGCAGCAGCAGAGAACGUGGUGAAGAACCAGCCGCAUCGGCUGGGUGGAGGUCCUUUGCCACGGUGGCGCAAGGCAGCUCGUGGGAUGAGGCCAGUCGACUGACCGUGCAGGCCACCACCAAGCCCUGCCCCAAGUGCCGGGCACCCACCGAGCGCAGUGGUGGCUGUAUGCACAUGGUGUGCAGCCGGUCACAGUGCGGCUUCCAGUGGUGCUGGCUCUGCCAGGACGAAUGGACACGGCAAUGCAUGGGGGCCCACUGGUUUGCAUGAGGGACAGCCGGUAUCCUGCCACCCUAGUCAUAGCCCACAAAACUUCGGGUAUCCUGUUCACCUCAUCAACCAGAAGAAGCACCCGGUACACACGCCAUGCUUUAUUUCUGUCAGUGUGCUGUGAUACGCUAGACAUUAGGCCUAUAGUCGCCUGUGGACACUUAGCCAAACAGUGAUGCCAGUUACCUGCUGCAACUUGCAUGAGUCACAUUAUAGCGGGUAUUGUGCCACAUGUGGGUUUUCUGAGGCAUGUGGUUGCUAUCUGUUGUUUUUAUUUUUGUGUGCUAUGUAUUAUUGCUUUAAUAACUUUUUAGAUGAGGAGGCAUUCACUUUAAUAUAGUGUGCUAAGUACUGCAGGUGACGUGUGUUACACAUGCACUCAUUAUGAUCAAAAGGAACCAUGAUCAAAAGGACUGUUGAAGCAGCAGUGCAGCAUAGUCUGCAUUGACCCAUGAUGUUUGUCAUUAUGGUUCACACCUGGUUUUAUUGGCUUUUGAUUCAGCACUAGUAUUUGUAUUUUCUGAGAUCAUGAAACUUUGGACUUGCGAAAUAAAGUUGUUUUUUUUAAUCUUCA